AUGCUGCACGGGAGCAAAGGAGGUCCCGCGGGUUGCGCAGAGUUCGAAGAGGACGACGUGGAAGAGGAGCCCGAGGAACGCCGGUGGCUCGGAGACGACGGAGAGAUCGUGGUCGAGCUCCCUCGGGGGGAGGACGAGGAAGGAGAGGACGGUGACGAUGACGGAGGGAGGGGUGGAGAGUCUAGCUCCGCCGGCAAGGGCAAGGGCAAAGAAAAAGCGAAGGCCCGCCGGUUCACGGCGGAAGAGACCAAACAGGCACUGAGCGUUCACAAGGCCCACCUUGCCUGUCUAGUCGCGCGCUGCGCCAUGGUCAGCCGCUGGGCCGGGGACCCGACGGUGCAGGCGGCGAUGGUGUCGUGCCUGCCGAGCCAUCUCGCCAAGAAACACGUGCCGGCUAGGCAGAAGCGAAACAGACGAGGCUCGUCGUCGCUGCCGGCCGUCGGGGACCGAGACGGAGGCGCGGCGGCGGCGGCGGCGGCGGCGAAGAAAACCAAGAAGAAGAAGCGAAAAGAGAACGGAGACGACGGCGCAGAAGAGACACGUGAGGACGAGGGGGAGGACGAGGUGCGAUCGGAUGGCGUGAACCAGCUCCGCCUUGCUGACCUCGUCGUCUGGUUCCGAGAGUUCAUCACGGUCUUGAACGAUGACGCCGUCGGGGGCAGCGAAGGGUCUUGGGGGUCGCGCCCGCAGAGGCUGCAGAGGGUUAUCGAGCAGCGGGCAGGCUGCGCGCAGGAGGCCGUCCAGCUGUUCGUGUCCCUGUGCCGCGGCCUCGGCCUGCGGGCACGCUACGUGGCGUGCCUCGACCCAGUGCCGCCUUCCCCGGCGGCGGACCUCCGGCGGCAGCCGCCGCCGUCCAAACAGACGCGGAACAACACCGUCGACCUCGCGGCGGCGCCGGCGGCGCUGGCCGAGGGGAAACGGGGAAGAAGACACCACCAUCGACAACGGCGGCGGGGUUCGGGGGAGUCCCGCGGCGGCCUUCAAGCAGCGGGGGGGGUCGGGGCCGGGUCCUCGCAGGCCUGGGCGGAAGUGCUCUGCCGAGAAGGGAAAGAGCUGCACGUCUUGACGGAGAAGGAAGUGUCCCCGUCCCGACGCCCUCCUCCGUCGUCGCCGCCGCCGGCCCCUGCAGCAUCACCACGACGGCCGUCCAAGCGGCAGCGCACUCGCGGCACUCCCGAAGCUUGUCUUCCCCCCCGAGAUUCGCGGCCCAAGGUUUCCUCCAGCAUGCCGGGAGGAGGAGGCAACAACAGCAGGAGCAUAACCGAGGCAUUGUCGAUGAGCAGCGACGAUGAAGACACCAACGGAGAAGCCGCCGCAGGGAGCGAUGAUGAUGGUCAUGGCGCGAGACAGCUGGCGGGAGAGCAACGGCGACAGAACCGUGCGUCCGAAAAAAUGGACGUUGAUCCGCCGCCGGGGGAAUCGACGGCAACGGCGACAGUUUCCGGAGCGAGAGCGAGACCAACGCGUGCAGGAUCCAAGCGAAAAGCAGCGGGGGUGACCGCGGCGGCAGAAACAUGCACAAGGCCUUCGAACGGCAGCAGAAGGAAGCUCCCGAGGAGUCCCGAAGCAGCUUCUUCGGCCGCUGGCGCUUCUGGCGCGGCCCAGAAAACGGACAGAGAGGCCGGCGCCCCGAAAGGCGAGGGGUUCCGUGACGCAGUUCCUUGUAACGCGGCAUAUCCCACCGGCGGUAGAGGUGGCGGGACUGCCGCCGACGACGGUGAGGCCACUGCGAACGGGGCCAGGGGCGCUAGCGGCGGCCACGGUGGCGGUGGUAGUAAAAAGGGGGGCAGGAGAGGAAGCGGCAGCAGCCGCGGCGGGGCUGGUGCUAAUGGUAGCGCUGCUGGCGCCGCCGCCGCCGGUGUUUCCUCUACUCCGUCCACGCGGGGUGGGGCGAGGGAGAGGUGGAUCCACGUCGACCCCGUCGUGGGCGCUCUUGACCAGGCGGACAAGGUUCAGGACUUGCGGUUCAGGAAGCGGCUGAUGCCGUACGUGGUGGCCGAGGACGAGAAGAAGCUUAUCGUCGACGUGACACGGAGGUACUCUUCGGAGUGGGCUCGCACCCUUCGAACGAGGGGGCGAGCUAUGGCCAGCGCGGACGGGUGGUGGAAUCGGUCUCUGCGGAAGUGGGGGGCUUCGGCGCAUAGGCGCAGAAGGCGCAAGGUGAUCGGUACGGGUGCAGCAUCAAGUCCACUGGUCGUGGAAGGGCACGGAGACGACGAGGCGAAUGAGGACGACGAUCAAGGCGCGAUCGAGGAGAAAGAGCUGCAGGAGAAGGUCGACAACGAGCCUAUCCCGAACACCAUCGCCGCGCUGAAGAACCACCACAAGUACGUCCUCGGUAAGAAGCUGCUCAAGUUCGAGGCGUUGCGGCCGGGGGCGAAGGCGGCGGGGCUCGUGAAGGGGAGCAAGGUGUACCUCAAGACGGACGUCGCCACGCUGCGGGGCGCCAGCCGCUGGAAGAAGGACGCUCUUCAGGUGAAGAAGUCCGAGCUCGAAAAGCCCGUCAAGCUGACGACGAAGAAGGGCGAGAAGGAGGGCGACGGCACCAGCAAGCUCUACGGCGACUGGCAGACAGAGCCCUGGGCACCCGAGGCAGCCGUGGACGGGAAGGUGCCAAAGAACGACUACGGCAACGUGGAAUUCUUCGAUUGCAGCCCGGCGUUUCUUCCCACGGGCACGGCGCACCUGCGGGGAGAACAGAUCGGCCGGCUGGCGGCGAAGCUUGGGGUGGACUACGCCCCCGCCCUGACCGGCUUCGAGACGAAGGUGGGGCGGCAGGUGCCUGUGCUGGACGGCAUCAUCGUCUGCAAGGAGCAGUCCCAGAUGCUGCGAGACGCGCACAUGACCUGGCAGCAGACGCAGCUCGAGAAGCAGGUCAAGGCCCGCCGCCAGAGGGUGCUCCGUCGGUGGCGCACGCUCUUCAAGGGAGUUCUGCUUGGCGCUCAGCUCCUGGAGGAGUACGGGAGCCACGACUGACUUUCAUUUUCUUUUUUUCAUCUGUGCGCCGUGUCGUGUGCUGCACACUCUUGUCUCUCGGGGAAUUUUCCUUUUGGAACGGUUAAGGCUUCUGGCGUUGGGUUCCUGUGGCGUGUUGUUUCCCCUCGUGUUCUUUGUGGUGCAAGCAGCGUAUGGUUGGGUUAUGCAUUGAUUCGGUGGUUGUGCUUUACGGAAUGAAGGUCGUUCUUGGUUUCCGUGCUUCCGGGCUGUUGGUCACGAGAAUGAGAUGUUUCAUAAAUGCGUAUGGUGCCCGCGUUUGUUGCGCAACACGAACGUUUUUCGUUAUAUGGGGUGUGGACGUCGAGGCUUUGUGUUUUUUUUCGUUGCUGUUUUCGGGCACGCGGCGCGUGU